UGUAGUCUUGUGGUGGUGCUCAUCAUUAUUUCUGUGAAGUUAACAGUCGUAACAGGCAAUAUGCCGGAACCAGUUGUUGUCAAACGUGAAGAAAGCAAGUCAGCAUCAGCCGACAGCUGUGAGCAGCCAGUACCUGCUAGUGUACCGGUCCAGCCUCCUGCAACGGUGGAGACGCCAGAGCACCUCUCCAGGACAGCUGAGUUGUUGAAACAAUGGCCAGCAGUAGUACUCGCCAUCCAGAAAAGCAAAGACGCCUAUUGCUCAGUGAAGCAUAAGUCUGGUAUCAUCAGCUGGUCCCUGAACUUGACCGAAAAAGCUGUCUGUUCGGUUCUCACUUUUGUAGGAAGUAAAGCGAGCAGCUUGCGCCCGGUUAUUCAGUAUGCAGACAAGGCUGUCAGCGAAGGUGUAGUAGUAAUAGAGAAGAAAUUUCCUGCAGUAAGGGAGUCGCCGGAAAAGAUCUACGAUGCCAUAAUGCAGCAGUUAACGAAGAUAGUGCGCCCUGCAAUAGAUAAAACCGAAGCUAUAAGUGAAAUUGGUAGAAAGAAACUCGACCGGGUAGCUAAGACGAUGACUACGAAAUACCACAGUUUCAUUAGGAGUGUGGACAGCUGGAUGGACAAACUAGAGAAAAAUCUGAAUGGGGCAGAUUUCCAGGCAGCACCUGGUGCGGAGGCGGCUGUGGCAGAGCCGGCGGCCGAGGCGCCAGCCGAGACACCCAACCCAACCCCCGCGGGCAGCGCGACGCCGGCGCCCCCUGCGGGCCGCGUGCGGCAGGCGCUGCGGCUGGGCGCUCGCGUCACCACGGCGCUGGCCGCCUUCCAGGUGGGAGCAGCCUUCUGGCUGCUGUCGCGGGCGCCGCUCGUCGGCCGCUUCUUCAGAGAGGCUCCAGUGCCUGCCUCUUCGGAGUCUUCGUCCUCCAGCGGCGCGCCACUCGCCACGCUCCCGACCCUAACGGUCUCGGAGGCGGAGCAGCCCCCGCUGUCCACGGACUCGCAGCAUCCGGAGCAGUGA